AUGUCAAUCUUCACUGAUCAAGACUUUGCGAUGUCAAAAGCAAUUGAAAAGGUAGAACGGUGGAGGAAAAGAGAGAUUGAUAAAGAAUUUUACUGUUCAAGAACAACACCAGCAUCUAGUCUACGUAUUGUCGGUUUGUUCAAACAUGCAGCUGAGGUAUACAUUGCAACUUUAUUUAGAGAUUUUGAAGAGGAGUUCAAAAUGGCUAUAUCGUGUUUGUGGCUGAAAUCAUGCAAGACAAUGGGUAGAAUGUAUAUAAGGUGUGGAUGGAAGAUAGCGAAAGAAUGUCCACAAACUGUUGUUUAUAUGAAUUAUCAAGGAAACGUUAAUGUUAAAUGCACAUGCAAAAACUUUGAGGAAUGUGGUUGGUUGUGUUGUCACUGUAUGCGCAUACUUCAUAAUCACUCGAUAGAAACAAUCCCUGAAAAAUACAUCUUACCCCGAUGGACAAAAAGUGCUAAGAAAGAUGUGUGGGAGAAGAUGUUCAACAACCAAGACCCUUAUGGUAAAGACAACGACAAACACCAAAGAUUAUUAGCGUUACAGUGGAGGCACAACAUGGGGCGUAAAAUGUACAAUUUUGUUUUGAAAGCACAAUACAACAACGACGCUCGGAGGGUGGUUGAGUAUUUAUGUAACAAAGCAUAUGAAGAAGUUCAAAAGUUGUUAGAAGAUUCAAUGCAAGAACAACCGUCACAACCCAUUGUGUCGGGUACAGAAAUCAUGGUACUAGACCCGAAUAAAUCAGUAACUAACGGACGUAAAAAGAGGAUCAAGGGUCACUGA